CCGGGCUAGCGUGCUCCCGAAGCCGGCUACCCAGUGUAGUCUCGCCUUGCCCGACAGGCUUCAUGGCGGCCCAGCCAGUGUCCCGGUUGCUGCGGCGGGUCCUGAGGUCCAGCGUCCGGAGCUGCAGCUCGGGCGCUCCGGUGACGCAGCCGCACCCCGGGGAGCCCUCCCACCCUGCCGUGGAGGUGCCGUCCGGACGGAGGCGGUUCCUGAGGGAGCAUGCAGCCCCCUUCUCUGCCUUCCUCACCGACAGCUUCGGCCGGCGCCACAGCUACCUGCGGAUCUCCCUCACCGAGAAGUGCAACCUCCGAUGUCAAUACUGCAUGCCCGAGGAGGGUGUCCCUCUGACCCCCAAGGCAGACCUGCUGACCACAGAGGAGAUCCGAACCCUGGCCCGCCUCUUUGUGAAAGAAGGCGUAGACAAGAUCCGACUCACGGGCGGGGAGCCGCUCAUUCGGCCGGACGUGGUGGACAUCGUGGCACAGCUCCACCAGCUGGAAGGGCUGAGGACCAUUGGUAUCACCACCAACGGCAUCAACCUAGCCCGGCUACUGCCUCAGCUUCAGAAAGCUGGUCUCAGUACCAUCAACAUCAGCCUGGACACGCUGGUACCAGCCAAGUUUGAGUUCAUCGUCCGCAGGAAAGGCUUCCGCAAGGUCAUGGAGGGCAUCCACAAGGCCAUUGAGCUGGGCUACAGUCCUGUGAAGGUGAACUGUGUGGUGAUGCGAGGCCUGAAUGAGGACGAACUCCUGGACUUCGUGGCCUUGACCGAGGGCCUUCCCCUGGACGUGCGCUUCAUAGAGUACAUGCCCUUUGACGGCAACAAGUGGAACUUCAAGAAGAUGGUCAGCUACAAGGAGAUGCUGGACACCCUCAGGCAGCAGUGGCCGGAGCUGGAGAAGCUGCCGGAGGAGGAAUCCAGCACAGCCAAGACCUUUAAAAUCCCUGGCUUCCGAGGCCGAGUCAGCUUCAUCACGUCCAUGUCUGAGCAUUUCUGUGGGACCUGCAACCGCUUGCGAAUCACAGCUGACGGGAACCUCAAGGUCUGCCUCUUUGGGAACUCAGAGGUAUCUCUACGGGAUCACCUGCGGGCGGGGGCCUCUGAGGAGGAGCUGCUGAGCAUCAUUGGGGCUGCCGUGGGCAGGAAGAAGCGGCAGCAUGCAGGCAUGUUCAGUAUUGCCCAGAUGAAGAACCGGCCCAUGAUCCUCAUCGAGUUAUUUUUGAUGCGCCAAGAUUCCCCACCAGCCAUUCCCAGCAUCUCCUUCAGGGACUCCCUCCAUGUUCAGGGUCUGAGACACAGAGUGAGUUUCUCCAGCCAGACGGUGACUUUGUGGAAAGGGGGCUGGCUCGCCCAGAUCCCUCUCCUCGCCCAGCGGUGCCUGGGGUCUGGCCUCCCUCAGAGACAUUACGGUUCCCACCUCGACUCAGAUGCCAACCCAAAGUGCCUUAGCCCAGAGCCCCGGGCUCCUGCCACCCCGUCAGGACCUCUGCCCACCUCAGACCAACUGACCCACGUGGACAGGGAAGGACAGGCGGCUAUGGUAGACGUGGGUGGGAAGCCAGACACAGAGCGGGUGGCCGUGGCCUCAGCCGUGGUCCUCCUGGGGCCUGUGGCCUACAAGCUCGUCCAGGAGAACCAGCUAAAGAAGGGAGACGCCCUGGUGGUGGCCCAGCUGGCAGGCGUCCAGGCGGCCAAGCUGACCAGCCAGCUGAUCCCCCUGUGCCACCACGUGGCCCUGAGCCACGUCCAGGUGCAGCUGGAAUUGGACAGCACGUGCCACGCCGUGGUGGUCCGGGCGUCUUGCCGGGCUCGGGGCCCCACUGGGGUGGAGAUGGAGGCCCUGACCUCUGCUGCCGUGGCCGCCCUCACCCUGUAUGACAUGUGCAAGGCCGUCAGCAGGGACAUCGUGUUGGCAGAGAUCAAGCUCGUCAGCAAGACCGGGGGUCAGCGGGGGGACUUCCAUCGGACGUAGAGCUCCUGCCCCCUCUCACCCCUGGCCCAGCGAGGUCAAGAGAUGGGAUGCGAUUUCAGCCGAGAGAAAGAUGUCAAGUUCCUUUCACCCCGUCACCAGUUACUUUCAACCGGUAGGAACCCCAGGUCAGCCCACCCCUCUACUGCUCAAUGACCUACACUGACCUGCGAGGUUUCCUUUCUUCCGAGAGGAAACCAGCAGGCCCGUCAGCCUUCCCGGACCCUAACUAAGGUCGUGGGAGGGGGCUGGCCGCAGCGAGCAAGGCUAGAUAACCCCAAAAUCACACUGAGUGACUUGUGGACUCUCUCUAACAGUCGAGCCCAUAACCUCCCCUUCUCUCUCGGGUUUUCUCUUCUCCUUCCUUCCCCGGGAGGGAACCAAGGGCUCCUAAGCAGGAGCCUCGUGGGCCACAGCCCUGAGGCCUCCUGACCAAGCACACCUCCCACACCUGCCCUGCGCACGGCCCUUCCACCUGCACCCCUUCGUCCCGGGACACCAGGGGAGGAGGAGCGAUGGAGCUUGCCUUCACCUGCACGGUGCACAAAAUAAAGCCACGAUGCCCAUUUUGGGGAUGCAAGAAUGAGGACUGUGUCUGUGCCGAGGGCACCGAGCCGCUGUGAUGGCAGGCCCACCCCUCAACCCAACGCCCCCUGGGGGAAGAGGAGGAGAGAUGCUGGAAAAGCAAAGGGGCAUGUUCUCCGUGCACCCCCGCCGUCCCUGGGGGAGAAGGUAGGAGUGGAGUGGGAGGCCCAGAGAUGCAGCAUCUCCAGUAGCACUGUCAGGUAGGGGUGUCCGAAGCUCAUCCCGUCGCCGGCUGGUAGAGGUCAGGGGGUGCAAUUAGAGGCUCCUGUUUUUCACAACCCCAAACGCUGGACGCGCUUGCUGGGUUCUCUCAAUGUGGGUAGGUGUCUCUAGUUCUAGCCUCAGUCCCCCCACUCUCCCGGCCCCCCGCCCGCCUUUCCUCCUGGCCCUGCACCCAGGUGUGCUGGCAAAUGUUUAACAACUAGCUCUUGGAAAAGAAAAAAAGGCCAAUUUCCAUGGUCUAAGUCCUCCCGCCUUGGCCAAUUUCAAGCUACCGUACGACGUGAACUGGCUUGCGGAAUUCCUGAGGAUGUAACAGUCAGGGCUCAUAGAGCUGGUAGGACCUGCUUCCAACACACCAUGGGCAAUGCCGCUCCCCAGCACGCCUCACGUCCCCGUGUGGGAAGAAGGCACAAAUUUCAAGGCAGGUUAGGUAGGGGUGGCACGGAUUUAAUAUUUUUUAGUAUUACAAUAUAUUCUUAUAAAAAAAAGGUGCAGGCGAAAAGGACGCUGCAGAUUUUGUACAUUAGCCUCAUUUGUCGUCUGAAACAGCUGGUGAGAACAGCCUUGGCG